CUCACCCAACCUUCUCAAAGAUGUGACCUUCACUGACGAUUAGGCCAGUGGUAGAAGAGGUUUUCCAGCGCAAAACGUACACAAUACACACUCCCAGCGAUUACCUUCUUUUGACUCUCGUGGUGCCACAGAUCUACCAAAAGACGCUUUGUGCCCCUAGCUUGAUUAACCCUUGAUUAUCUUCCUGGUCAGGGGCUCUUUGCUCAAGUUUGUGGUAAGGAAAUGAGUAACGAAGAACAGCAAGGAGGUUGGGUAACGAGCAUGCAUGAAAAACACGCUUGUCACAUCUGUGAUAUCUCCUCAACAGCUUGUGUUUUGAAGAGAUAAAACAAGUAAAGUUCUCAAUCCCACCCAACUCUUGGCUUAUUCGUAAUUUCAACUGCUUGUCGCCAGCAUUGGAUAUCACUUAUCUCCCCUUUGCAGGUGUGGCGUUCGUUUUGGAUCCGUGGAACAGCAUCCCUCAGGAUCCCAUGAGCCGAGCCAAUCGCAGCUCUUGAAAGGAGGAGGGAAAGACGUGAAGGGAGACAGACCUCCAUCCCACCAAGUGGAACUCAGUAGCUUUUAUCCCUGGCCUCUGUUCUCAUCGCUCAACAGCAACACGAGUGAGCGGUCGUUCCCAAAGCGGCACGUUCGUCUGAGGAGUGCCUGGAAUCGUUGUCGCCGCCGUCGUUUGUGGUCGGUAACUUUUGAGGGAACAGCCAAAGCAAAAGACCGACUGGGAAAAGUGUUCCACGACCAUCCCCUCCACUCUCACCACCAUCACACCAUCACCACCAUUCCAAGGAGGAGUGCUCAACUGCACAUGAGCGGAUCCGUUUGGCCUGCAAGAGCAAGGGAGUGAGGCCGGGAGACGGCGAGGCCAAGGAGAAGUUGAAGGGGAAGAAGAAGAAGGAGAAGCCAAGCCGAACUCGUAGUGCAGGCCUUUGUGGACUAGCUGCCUUGGCCUUCGUGGUCUGUAACUGAGCGAGUGAGUGUGUGUAUGUAAGUACGUACGGCGAGCUGCCGCCCAGGCAUCCUUCUAUCAACGGCGACGAGACGAACAGAGCCUUGGGUUGUUCAGAGAGACAGGAGUGUGGGAUCAGCAAGUAGCACCUUCAGGGAACUGAACAACCAUUUUCUGGAGCAGGGGAGAUCAAAUUCAACCAAGGGAGGUUCUUGGGCUCGAAUCCAGGUGCAAGUGCAAGUGAGAGUGUGAAACCCAAUCCCACGUCCCAGGGUGAUCUUUUGGUCCGGAACGCUUCCGAUAUCCCCCACCAACGGACGGGCCUACGGAUCCACGCACCCAACCUAGACUGGCAGAGACACACGUUGUUCACAUUUCAUUUCCCGAAAUUAGAGCACCAAGACCAAGGAGGAGAGGAAGACGAAGACGAAGAAGCCCUUGAAGGUUGUUGGAAGCAUUACCGACCAUUUCCUUGCAGUCAUUUGAAUAAGGUAGCUCGCUUUGGGGAGUUACGAGAACGCGACAAAGAAACGGUGAAGGAACAUAUAAAAGUGCUCCAUUAUCGGACCGUGUCUCCCGAACGAACUCUUCGAUCCCUGUUCUUCGAAUUGGGGUGUUGGUCAACGGAAAGUACGUUCAAGAGCUGAUUGAUUGAUUGAGGCCCCAGAGCGAAUCCCAAUCCACCCGUGAAGAUGGCUCAAAAUCCGUCGACCAAAUUCACCGACAAUUACGAACUCAAAGAAGAGCUUGGAAAGGGUGCCUUCUCAGUUGUCAGACGAUGUGUUCAAAAGGCGACUGGUUUGGAAUUCGCCUCCAAAAUCAUCAAUACCAAGAAAUUAUCUGCCAGAGACUUCCAGAAAUUGGAACGAGAGGCUCGGAUCUGCAGAAAACUGCAGCACCCAAAUAUAGGUAAAAACUUUAUCUACCAUCCUAACCAAUCGAGAGCUCUAGUCCGACUUCACGACAGUAUCCAAGAGGAGAAUUUCCAUUACUUGGUAUUCGACCUGGUGACCGGUGGAGAGCUCUUUGAAGAUAUCGUGGCUCGAGAAUUCUACUCAGAAGCCGAUGCAUCUCAUUGCAUUCAACAGAUCCUCGAGAGUGUUAACCACUGCCAUCAAAAUGGCGUUGUCCACAGAGAUCUCAAGCCUGAAAAUCUCUUGUUGGCCAGCAAGCAGAAGGGGGCAGCCGUCAAGCUUGCUGAUUUCGGAUUGGCCAUUGAAGUCCAGGGUGACCAGCAAGCAUGGUUUGGUUUCGCUGGCACUCCGGGGUAUUUGUCUCCAGAGGUGUUGAAGAAGGAGCCUUAUGGCAAGGCAGUCGACAUUUGGGCUUGCGGUGUCAUUCUAUACAUCCUUUUGGUCGGCUAUCCCCCAUUUUGGGAUGAGGAUCAGCACCGGCUUUAUGCGCAAAUCAAAGCUGGUGCUUAUGAUUACCCGUCUCCUGAGUGGGACACGGUUACUCCGGAGGCCAAGAACCUGAUCAACCAAAUGUUGACCGUGAAUCCCCAGAAGAGGAUCAAGUCCGAGGAGGCAUUGAAGCACCCAUGGAUCUGCAACCGAGAUCGGGUUGCCUCUGUGGUACACCGUCAAGAGACGGUGGAUUGCUUGAAGAAGUUCAAUGCCCGUCGCAAGCUCAAGGGAGCUAUCUUGACCACCAUGUUGGUCUCCAGGAACUUUUCCACUCGCUCCAUUGCCAGCAAGGGCAAAUCAGAUGGUUCUCAAGUCAAGGAGUCUACGGAUAGCUCCACCACAUUGGAAGAUGACGACUCAAAAGAUGAUAAGAAAGGUGUUGAUCGCUCGUCCACUGUCAUAGCACGAGAUGGUACUGAAGAGGAAAUCUUGGAAGAGGAGAUUGAUCUCAAACCCAAAAAUCACAGUACGCCGGCUCAGAAGGAACAAAGUGCUCAAAUAACUCAAAAUGUACCCUCACCUGCCACCAGUGGGCUCAUGUCCAAGGCUUUAGCCGGAUUUGGCACUGCUGUAAACAAGCCCAAGCAGGCUAACCCACUUGGAGCUGCAGUGCUGGCAGCUGCAGCUCAACAGCAACAACAGCAACAGUCAUCACAACCACAACAGCUUGGACAAGAGACCAAGGCAGCAGGUGGCAUUGCUAACCAGAUUGCAAGCAGGCCGUCACCCAUAGCUCAAAAUAACACAAACGCCAAGAUGAACCACGUUAGAAGUAGUACAGUGCAAUUGAGGAACUCUGGUAGUCAAAGCGAUCCAGUUUCCUUAGCUCGAAAGCAAGAAGUUGUCCGCUGCACUGAGCUCAUCCUUGACGCAAUCAGCUCGGGAGACUUUGAAUCCUACUCCCGACUCUGUGACCCGAACAUAACAGCCUUUGAGCCUGAGACUCUCGGACAUCUUGUCGAGGGAUUAGAGUUUCAUAAAUUCUACUUUGAUAAUCAUGUGUUAGCAAAAGCCAAUCGCACCCACCAAAAUGUCAGCAUAGUGAAUCCGCACGUUCAUUUGCUUGGAGAUGAUGCCGCCUCUGUGGCCUACGUCAAAGUUCUACAAUAUAUCGACAAGACGGGCAUUCCUCACACACAACAAUCUGAAGAGACGAGAGUUUGGCACCGCCGAGAUGGCCGUUGGUUAAAUGUCCAUUUCCACCGAUCCAGCGCAGCGACCCCUUAUACAAUGGCACAGUGAGUCUUGGACAAUUGGUCACCCCUCGGCCAUAAUCCGCCUCGGCAGAAGCGGAAGAAUGCUGCCCGGGAGACCCAAUGUGACCAGAGUCCCUCGAAGCAAUCCCGCUAGUAGGCGUGGGGACGGGGAAUGUUAUUCAAUGUUUGUCAUUUGUAAAGGGGCGGUGAUUGGACGACAGUGUUUCGGACAGCUUUCCCGUCGUCCCCGUUUGUCCUGCUCCGAUUUCAAUCCUUUUCUCUUGAAACUGUUCAAAAUUGGAUCUUAUCACUCGUUUUUUUCCAUGGGAUCCGUGGUAUCCCAAAUCUCCUACGUAUGCUUCUUUGUUCGCAAAUAUACGAACCUCAGUCACUCCCCGCCUCUCCUCCCCAUUUUUGAUGUAUCAUGGGCCAAACUGAAUGUGACCAGCCUUAUUUUGAUCCCCGAGUUUUCAUGAUAUUUGCUCACCCUUCACCACCACGUUCACGUCAGUUCUUGAAAGCUACUCGAGGAAAAUGCCCAUACAAUAAUAAGCAGAAAAAAUAGAAUCCAUAUCCCUGCGAUCCACAGCCAGCCAAGAAAAGAAAUUCAUUAUUGGUGCUUCAUGUUAUUAUCAUCAUCCCCACCCUACCCACCACCACAGACGACGUACUCCUUUCUUUGAUUGGUGGCCGCCCUGGUGUCAGGGUUCGUCUGGAGGCCUAUCGCAAUUUGUUUCAAAACCAGCGGUUCUGGCUUUGGUUACUCCCCAUUCUCUUCAGGAAGAUAUUUCUAGCUCCCAUGUGAUACAAAAUAUCGAUUCAAAGCCUUUCUUCCUCCUCUCUCCCCGAGCAAACGUAAUUUUAGGCUGCUUAGCAGUCCCUUUGAACAUUGUUUUAAACCUUGAUGUUCAAGUAACCGGUAGUGUUGUAUGGAAGUCCAAGAACGUUCGCCGCCAAUUCUCAUCCGCUUUCUCAAUUUCAUGCGAUGCAAGUCAAUUAAUUCGUCAAUAGUUUUUGCGCUGACUCUCUCCGUGCGUCUGAGCCAAGACAUCUCAGCGCAUAAACCUCUCUAGCUCUUUUUAUCUGGAUGUUCUUUGUGACAUGAGUUUUGAGGACGCCUCCGAUUCGCUUUGAAUCGACUCCUAAGAAACUCUAAUUAAAACUAUUUUAUGCAUCUUUCGCACACUUGAUUAAUUAUUCUCUGCACCGACAAGAAACCCUCCUCAACUUGAAAGCGGGCAUCUCGACCCACUUUCCUUAUCAUGGCGUUUACAUGACACAAACACACACACACACUUCUAAAGAGAGUAUGAAUGAAACUCUAAACCCCUGUUACACAAGGUAAAGAAAUGCCGAACAUCCUUAUAAAUUCAUUCUUUCUGUUUCUAACCACAUUGACUGGGUUGACCAGAUUCAGGCUCCCUGAAUCGGAGAAACCGGAUUUUCUUCUCGCUCGCUUUCUCUCACUCUCUCUAUUCUCCUAUUCCUGUUGUUUCCAAUUACACUUCUUAUGAUUGUCGUUGUGACCAGAUGCUACUACACCAUUAUUAUUAUUAUUAUUAUUAUCCCAAAUACUACUAUUAUUACUACUGCUAGUAGUACUACUACUCCUUCUUUUCUUUCUAUUGCCGAGUUCUGGAAUCCUAUUCCUGAUCUGACACAAAAAGUUUGGACUUCUUUGACCUCAAUUUGGUCAGUCCAUUCCAAAAUUCCCCAAUCUUCCCUUUGUGAAUCCCACAACCCAACGUUUUUAAAAAGAAAUGGAAUCUAUCAUGGAGCAAAUCAAUUACUCCUCUCAAAUCCCCAUUUCCGUGGGGUUAAGUCCAAUCCCGAUCAGAUAAUUUAUUAAUGUCAUUGAUGUUACUGUGUUAUAUCAAUUUAAUGUCUUUAUUAUGUUAUUGAUUCCUCCCUUCAAUUAAAAAACUUUCUUCAGACUA